CACAUGUACAUAUAUAAAUAUAUUUUAGGUUAUCUAUUAAACGUUUAUUGUUGUUUUGAUGCUUUUGACAAGUUAUUAAAAUUUUUUAAUUAUAUUUUUACAUAUAUAAAGUUAUAUAUAAUAUUUGUUAUCGUAAAUGUAAAAAAAUUAUUUUGUUGUUAUUUUAUAAAAAUGAAUUCAACUGAAACAUAUCAGUUGGAUGUAUGGAAAGGUGAUUGGGGAUUGCCAUCAGUUGGCAUUCGUUGUCUACAAAUUUUGGCCUAUGCAAAGUUUAGUAAUGCACCAAUAAGAAUAAAUUCAACAUGUAAUCCAUUCCGAACACCAAAUGGACAUUUGCCGGUACUAAGAAGUGGAUCAAAUGCAAUUGAUUCUGUUCAUAAUAUAAUUCAAUUUUUAAAAGACAGAAAUUAUUCUCCAGAUAAUUUACUUAGUGCUAAAGAACGUGCUGAUAUUGUAUCUUAUGAGUAUAUGUUGAGAGAAAACUUUUAUCCCGCUCUUCAAUACGUCUGGUGGUUAGAUCAAAAAAAUUUCAAUGAUUUAAUAAGACCUUGGUACGCUAAAGCAAUACCAUUUCCAUUUAAUUUUUACUAUCCAUCGCAAUAUGAAAAACAUGCCAGAGCAACGAUGGAAACACUUUUUAUGAAUGAAGAUGAUAUGACUGUGAUAGAAAACAAAGUUUACUCCGAAGCACAAAAAUGCAUAACCUUGUUAUCAACAAGAUUAGGAGAUUCUGAUUACUUUUUUGGUACAAGUCCAACGUCAUUAGAUGCAUUGGUAUACUCUUAUCUGGCUCCAUUGUUAAAAGCUCCACUGCCAAAUCCAGCCUUACAGAAUCAUCUCAAGGCAUGCACAAAUCUCACUAAAUUUGUAUCACGCAUAUCACAACGUUAUUUCGAGUACGAUUAUUUGGAGUAUGAAAAAAUCCAGGCUAGAGAAAAUGAAAAAAAACAUAAAGUUGAAGUUGAUAAUGAAUUUCCAAAUAACAAGAGAGAUAAAAUAUUAGCUGGAGUUUUUGUAACAUUCGCUAUGAUUUCUUACGCAUUCAUUACUGGCAUUGUUGAGGUUCUAUUGUUAUUAAUAAGACGAAAGAAAUUUAUUAGAAUACCUAAAAAAAUAAAAAUACGUACCGACAAGUGAUGAUGAAAAUUUUGACGAAUCAGAAGGUUAUUUUCUUGAAGCAGAGGAAGUAGAAGAUGAUUAAAUUGUUGUGCUUUUAAAUUAGAUUAAUUAAAAAUAAAAGACAAAAGAAAUAAGA